UCUAAUUCUCCCUGCAAAUAGUCCAAGCCUAUUCUAUAGUCCUUUUUACCAUACUCAAAGAUCAUAAGCCAUGCUUGGGAAAAUCGCUCUUGAGGAGGCCUUUGCACUCCCACGCUUCGAGGAGAAGACGCGCUGGUGGGCCAGCCUGUUCUCCACUGAUCCUGAAACCCAUGUCAAAGAGAUCACCGACAUCAACAAGAUCCGCAUCGAGCAUGCUGACAAGCAUGGAGUGGGAUACCAAAUUCUUUCUUAUACAGCCCCAGGCGUGCAAGACAUCUGGGACGCGGCCGAGGCGCAAGCUCUCGCCGUUGAAAUCAACGACUAUAUCGCGGAGCAGAUCCGGGACCGACCUGAUCGAUUCGGUGCCUUUGCAACUCUAUCGAUGCACAACCCCGAAGAAGCCGCCACCGAACUCCGCCGCUGUGUCGAGAAGUACGGCUUGAAGGGUGCCCUGGUGAACGACACACAGCGCGCUGGCCCCGAUGGCGAUGAUAUGAUAUUCUACGAUCAGCCCAACUGGGACAUCUUCUGGCAGACCUGCACGGAGCUGGACGUGCCGCUGUACCUGCACCCGCGCAACCCCACGGGCACCAUCUACGAGAAGUUGUGGGCGGACCGCAAGUGGCUCGUGGGCCCGCCGCUCAGCUUCGCGCACGGCGUCAGUCUUCACGUCCUGGGUAUGGUCACGAACGGGGUCUUCGACCGCCACCCCGCGCUGCAGAUCAUUAUGGGCCACCUCGGUGAGCACGUCCCCUUCGACAUGUGGCGCAUCAACCACUGGUUUGAGGAUCGGAAGAAGCUGCUGGGGCUGGCCGAGACGUGCAAGAAGACCAUCCGCGAGUAUUUCGCGCAGAACAUCUGGAUCACCACCUCCGGUCACUUCUCGACCACGACGUUGAACUUUUGUAUGGCAGAGGUGGGUUCGGAUCGCAUCUUGUUCUCGAUUGACUACCCGUUUGAGACGUUUGAGGAUGCCUGCAUGUGGUUUGAUAAUGCUGAGUUGAAUCUGGUGGAUCGGGUGAAGAUCGGACGGGAGAAUGCGAAGAAGCUGUUUAAGCUGGGAGCUUAUAAGGAUUCGUCGGCCUGA